CGUGAAUGCAGCAGUGAGCAGACAGAGUCAGGAAAUAGAGCCGAUCACUUCAGGGAGGACGCGGGGAGGACGCCUCCGACCGAAAAGCGGAUAAAUCUGAGAUUUUUACCGAGCAGAGGCUGUGAUUCGGAGUCACGAUGAACCUGUUCGCGGUGUUCGUCCUCCUGGGGACGGCGCUGACCGUAAACUGCGACACUCACUCCCUCCAUUACAUCUACACGGCGCUCUCCAAACCUGUCGGCCUCCCGGGCAUCCACCAGUUCACAGCCAUGGGUUUGCUGGACAACAGGAUGAUCGACUACUUUGACAGCGAGCAUCAGAAAAAAGUUCCCAAACAGGAGUGGAUGAGAGAGCGUUUACCUGCUGAUUACUGGGAUAAAGGCACACAGUCCCGCAAGAGCAAGCAGCAGUGGUUCAAGGUCAACAUCGGCAUCCUGAUGGAGCGAAUGAGACAGAAUGACUCAAGCACCCCUCACGUUCUUCAGUGGAUGCACGGCUGUGAGGCUGAAACGAAUCCUGACGGCAAGCUCAGGUUUGUCCGAGGCAUGGACAUGUACAACUACGAUGGAAACGACUUCCUGUCCUUUGAUGAUAAAAACGGAGUCUGGGUCGCUCCGAUUCCAGAGGCACAACCCACCAAGAGGAAGUGGGACGGCGUCCAGGUGCUGAAAGAGUACACCAAGGGAUACCUGGAGAACGAGUGCAUCGAUUGGCUGAGCAAGUUUGUGAAUUAUGAGGAUAAGCAGCUACGAAGCGCCUCUAAACCUGACGUGUACGUGUUUGGAAAGAAGGUCAAAGAGGGGACCAACCUCAUCCUGACCUGCCUCGCCACAGGCUUCUACCCCAAAGACAUCGAAUUGUGGAUCAAGAGGAACGGACGUGUUCUGACUGCAGACGACGGCCUGAAGAGCUCGGGUGUUGUUCCAAAUAACGAUGAGACCUUCCAGAGACGAGACUAUGUGGAGAUUUUGAAGUCUGACCUGUCAAAGUUCAGCUGUGAAGUCGUUCAUAAGGCAUCCAAUGUGAAUGUUAUCAGUGUCUGGGACCACAGCAUGUUUAUAGAUCCUGAGCCUCCGGGAAACAUGGGCAUCAUCAUUGGUGUUGUAGCUGUAAUCUUGGUGCUGGUUAUUGUUGGAGUGCCUCUGGUUCUGAUCUUAAAGAAACGGGGCAUUAUUGGAGGUGAUGGCAACAAAAGUGGCGGCAGCGGGUCACCUCUCAAUCCCAGCCCCACUGGGUCACAGCGGUCCGACAGCCCUACCGGUGACUCUGAACCUUGUCUCACUGUUGUCUCUGAAAACCAAAACCAGCCUGCAGAGCAACGUGGACUCCUGCCAAACGAGAAUGGAGAAAGAUGUGAGCAGAAUGGUGGUGAUCAGGUCUGAAGCAUUCAUGAGAACAUCCAUCACGGCACAGAAGGACUCGCAUGAACCAGAUUUCCUUAAACAACAAAUACAUUUACCAUUGGGCAGAGCACACAAACUAGGGGAGAAGGAAGUUAAAUGUUUUUCUUUCUCAGAAAACUGGAUUAGUAAAAAAAUGUUCUUUUACUGUUUUCCAUGAAAUGGGUUUGCAUGAAGCAUGAAUGAUUCUUUAAGAUAAUCCUGUCACAGUGAAAUUCAGAUGAGCAUGUUUAAGCGCUCACAGGUCAGGAGUGUUUCCUCCAGGAGUUUAAAACCUAAAGAGUGCAGAUCAACCUGAAAGUAUGUGGUCAGUACCAAAUGGAGGAUUUACUCAAAACCUAACAUUUAAAACCAGGUCAGUCAGGGUUUCGUUUAAAUUGGAUGGGUGGAAUUACCAAAGCACCUUUAAAAGACAUUAAGACAGAUCGUAAAAUAACAGACUGAAAACCUGGUGCUUAACUGGUGUUUGAUUCAGUAAAAGUUUCUCAAUGACACACUUGAGACAGAUGGAAGAAAAUAUUUAGGAGUGUGAUGUGGUUUGUUGUAUUAGCGUGUAGAAGUAUACAUUAAAAAUAAAGACGAAAAAAUCAGAAAAGCAUCAAAAUGAAUUAAAAUGUUUUUUAAAACUACGUUAGUAGUUUAAUCCUAUGUCAGCGAGCACUGUGCAGCCUGGAGUUGAAUGAUUUUAACACCCCAGAGUGAUCAUUACAUUUGGCUGAUUAUGAUGAAAUUAGAUAAAAGGUUUUUAAUAAGGUCUUCUUCUCUUUGCCAAAGUUAGUGAAGUUAGGAUAAUAAAAAUUACACUUUGUAAAUAAUUUUCUAACUUUCUUGUGUUUGAGCCUUUGAAAUUAAUUGACAUUGUUUGGAUUUAAGAAGCCAUUGCUUUUGGUAGAUUAGACCAAAAAUUUUGAAAUUAUCGUAAAACUUAAGUUGUGGAAACGUAUUUUCAUACAUACAGUCUGUAAGUUGAAAUCACUUGAAAUGGUAGCUAGUACUUCUACUUUCUGUGUUUUUUUUUUUUGAAUGAUUUUCUGGGUUCUAGCUGUAUGCUAAACUGUCUUUAGAUAUACUUUAUUGUAAAAAGUUAAGCCCUCCUGAUUAAAUUGAGUCUUUUGAAGAAAUAUCUGCUGUAAUACUCAGUGUAAGAAAUCCCUUCAUGUCAACAUGACAGGGAUUAUAAUGCAGGACUGACAGAUAUUUAAUAUUUGCAGCUGCUGUUUGAAAUUUGUUUUGGUCUUUAAUGCAGAGAGCAUAACGUAAUUAAAGUUGAUGUUUGUAUCCUGUCACUUCACAAAUCCUCGGGCUAUCCUAUUUGAUCCCUUUUGUAUGUAUAUAUCAUAUCAUACCACGUUUUUUCUUCAAUAAAAAUAAAGAAAACCUUUA